AUGGUUCCACCGCCCGUCGAGCUGCCCGCCGAACCCAUGGCCGCAUUCGACAACCUCACCACUACGACGGCGAACAUCAAUCCAGAUGUGGACAUCAAUCCAGAUGAGGACACUAGCUCAGAUGAGGACAAACCAUUCAAGCCAUAUGAGGACAGCAACUCGGAUAAGGACAUCAAACCAGAUGCUAACAUCAAAUCAAAAGAACGUCGUCCUAUCAAGCAAGACCAACAUUUCGUCAUCGACCACCGCCCCGUCAAGUUCAAAGGUCCCACACCAACACACAGAAUCAUUAAGCGAGGAGGCCAACCGCCAUCCAACGCCGCUACUCAUCGUGCCUCCCACUUUGACGAGUCAUCCGUCAAACGCACCCUACUGCCGAGUGGGUUCACGGUGCCGGAAUUCCUGCAGGCAGAGGAUGUGUGGGAUCUAAGGCAGGCGGGGGAUAAGAGAGUGUCGGGCAUCUCGGUCGUGUUCUAUGCUGGCGCGGAGGAGAAUGGAAGUGUGGAUUUAGAAGAAGAGGCGAAACAGUUCUAG